GAAGCAGCCCCAGCCCGGGACGGGGAGCGCAUCCUGCUCAGCCUCUGCCGCCAGAGGAACCACCGCCGCACUCCUCCCUCCUCCUUCCCUCGUUCAGCAGGCCACAUGGAUCCGAGAGGCCGUGCCCCUCUUCUGCUGCUGGCGGGCUGCCUGGCGCUCGCCCUGGCAUGGGCUCAGUGCCCCGAGGAGUGCACCUGUUCCCGGUCGGCGCAGGUGGAGUGCUCCAGACCCCACAUCUCGGCCAUGCCCGGCCCCCUGCCCGCCAACGCCAUGAGCCUGCAGGUGAUCGGCACCCAGCUGACGGAACUGGGGGCGGGGGCGUUCGGCAAUGCCUCUCUGCUCAUCGCCCUGCGGAUGGAGAAGAACAGCCUGGCGCGCCUGAACCCUGACACCUUCCGGGGCCUGGUCUCCCUCCGCUACCUGAGCCUCUCCAGCAACCGCCUCCAGGAGCUGCCCGCGGGCGUCUUCCGCAGCCUCGACAAACUGGAGUCGCUCCUGCUCUCGGGGAACCAGCUCCUGCGUCUGCACCCGGCUCACUUCAGCCGCCUGGGCGCCCUCAAGGAACUGCAGCUGCACGGCAACAGCCUGGCGUCCGUCCCUCCGGGGGCCUUUGACCACCUGCCCUCCCUCCUCAAGCUCAACCUGGCCAAGAACCGGCUCUCCCGCCUGCCGCCCGGCCUCUUCGCCCACCUGGGCCACCUGCAGGUGCUGCGGCUCUACGAGAACCAGCUGGCCGAGGUGGCCCCCCGUGCCUUCACCGCCCUCCCGGAUCUGCAGGAGCUGGGCUUGCACCAGAACCGGAUCCGGCACCUGCCCGACGGGCUCCUCUCAGCCAACCGCCGGCUGCAGAAGCUCCACCUGUCCAACAACCGCUUGGAGAGCGUCCCGCAGGGGCUGCUCCUGGAGCUUCCCGAGCUCUCCCGCCUCUCGCUCUUCGGCAACGCGCUCCGGGAGCUCCUGCCGGCCACUUUUGGCCCCAUGCCACGGCUGAAGGAGCUGUGGCUCUACGACAACCAGCUGGCCGAGGUGCCCGCCGGGGUCUUCGCCAACCUGACAGAGCUGCAGCUGCUGGUGCUGAGCAGGAACCGUCUGCGCUCGGUCUCCCCGCUGGCCUUCGAGGGGCUGGGGGAGCUUCUGGAGAUCUCCCUGCACACCAACCAGCUCCACACCCUCGACGGGGAGACGUUCCGGGGCCUGGGCAAGCUGCAGAAUGUCUCCCUGCAGAACAACCGGCUCGUCUCCCUGCCGGAGCGCCUCUUCCGCAGCACGCCACACCUGGUGAACCUCCAGCUGCACAACAACUCCCUGGAGAGCCUCCCGGCGGGCAUCUUUGAGCAGCUGCCCCGCCUGAGGGAGAUCAAGAUGCACGACAACCCCUGGCGCUGUGACGAUGCCCUGCUGGCUCUCGGGCGCUGGUUGAGGGAGAACGGUGCCCGCCUCGGGGCCAGCCGCCCCGUCUGCGCCUGGCCUCCCUCCCUGCAGGGGCAGCCUAUCGCCGAGCUGGAGGAGGAGCACUUUGGUCCGGCACAGAGCCCAGAGGCCACCGAGGGGCCAACAAUGGCCCCCACCUCCGGCCAGGCGGAGGUCCCUGAUCAGGACACGAGCCCAGAGACGGUGAUGCCCACACAUGCCCAGCCGCCCCUGGACCACGAAGGCGGCAGCGCAGAGGCAGAGCAGGAGUUUUCCACAGCAGCCACCGGGGUGCUCAGCCCAGGCGUUGCGCCAGCCGAGGGUGGCAUCUGGGGCUUGACGCGCACCCAGACGGGGGUGGUGGUCACCUGCCUGGUGGUGGGCUCUGCCUUGCUCCUGGGGGCGCUGCUGGCGGGGGCCGUCUAUGGGUACAGGAGGAAGGCCCGCCGGGACCUCGCCAAGGCAUAGAAGGGCGCUCAGGAGAGCUGGCCAA